AUAACCACUACACCACCAAGGCCAGUUUGUGUAUGGAAUUUAAUUUUAUUUGCAUAAAAUUAGUGGAUGAACCUUAACUCAGGUAUGCAUUUAAAGCUGAGUAUACUGAAAAUACUGCUUGAUAUUGUAUAAUGUCAAUACCGAAUACAGUACCGAUACCGAGGUAAAUCACCCAAAGUAUAUCAAUACCGAUACUUAACGUCAAAUUUCAAUACCACCCAGCUCCACCCGUGAUACUCCUUCCCACCCCGAGUGUGUUACAUAAUUAUUGAAUGCCCCCCCCUCUCUUAUCCAGUUUAUGUAUAUUAUUGUUAUUAUUAUUUUUUUCAGAUCUGUACAUGUAUCACAGUACUUAACAAACUGAAAUAAAAUGAGUUUUGGAAGUCUGGAUUCCGUUAUUGGCGUUCCCAAGCAGGAACGCAUUAAACUGUGUAAACAAAUCCGCCAAAAACAGGUGGAAAAUUACCUGGAUUUCCUCGCAAGAGAAGAACUGAACAAAGUGGUAGCAAGACGGCAGCCGAACAAGAAGAACACCCACCCACACUUCAGUAUGGAGGUCCUGCUCCAGACUGCAGUGGAAGAGUUUAACGACAGAGACGCUGUUCAGCUGCUGCGUAAUUGUGCUGAUGUAAAUAUAAAGACUGGAAACAAUACAAGUCUUCUGCACAAGUGUUGUUCUGAAGGUCAUGUGACAAUAGCAGAGCAGCUGAUUGGUCAGGGAGCAGAUGUUAAUGCAGUGGAUGACGAUUGGUGGACACCGUUGCAUGUGGCUUGUUACCAAGACAACACCGAGAUGGUGCUGCUGCUGUUGCAGAAUGGUGCCGACUUCACGAUGGUUGACAUCGAUGGAAACUUCGCCAUCGACCACACAACACCAAACAGUGACACGUGGGAUGUGAUGUCAUCUUACCAGAAUGAGAAAGGACUUGACUCUGCUACUCUCACUGGAAUCCGACUUCAGCGAUGUAAAGAGGUGAUGUCGGCCGUCAAGCAGUGUUUAGCCGACAAAGUGAACAUCAACACACCACUGCACGAUGGAGUUACAUGGCUGCAUAUUGCCAGUGCUAAUGGGUACAGGAAGUUGGUCAAGCUUCUCAUCAACAAUAACGUAUCGGUCAAUGCUGUCGACAACAACGGCUGGACACCUCUUCAUGUGGCAGCAAAGUUUAGUCAGGGUAAAGUUGUGGUGAUGUUGCUGAAGGCGAACGCUGACGCGGAUGUUGUUGACCGACAUGGUCGGCGGGCCGUAGAGAUCGCUGGGACGGACGACAUCAAGAAGGUUAUCUUAGACUGGAGGAGAAAGAAGACGAAGACGGAGGCCGUCCCCGAGGUGCUGUACGACACAAUAGAUGAUGACGGGAUCGAGUCUGACGGAGAGGCCGUUGUCAGCAAAGCAGUACAUCCAUCAAAUCUGUCGUUGUCGAAGACAGAGCUGCUGAUAGAGACUGAGAUGCGAUACAAGCUGGAAACUGGAUCGGAUGAACCACGGUGGGAGGAGGGGGAUUCUGACGAUGAUGCUGAUGAUGAUGUCUACUUGUCAACCAUAUGGAAAGCAUCCGAUGAAAGCAAUGCAUCUCUUCCAAGCGUGUCAAGUGAUGAUGACUUGACAAGUUUCUCUGAUAUCACCCAGAAACUCAUAGUGGACACACUGUUAGACAGAUACAACCGGAAUCUAAUUUAUACGAACAUUGGAGACAUACUCAUAGCUCUGAAUCCAUACCAGGCAAUGCCCAUCUAUUCCAAGUCGAUCUCCAAGCAGUAUCGAGAAAUGACGAAACCUUCGUCACUGACUCCGCACAUCUACGCCAUCGCGGAACAAGCGCAUCGUCAGCUGGUUGCCAUGCAGACGUCACAGUGUUGUCUGAUCAGUGGGGAGAGUGGUGCUGGAAAGACUGAGUCGUGUAAACUCAUCGUACAACACCUAGUGAGAACAUCUGGCAGCACGGAAAGCUCUCUCAGCAGCAAGAUAAACCAGGUGAACCCGUUGUUGGAAGCGUUCGGAAAUGCCCAGACGGUGAUGAACAACAACUCCAGUCGAUUCGCCAAAUUCCUCGAACUUUUCUACUCACCCGAUGGGUCUGUCCUUGGAGCCAAGAUGUGUGAGUAUUUGCUGGAGAAAUCGCGAGUGGUGAAGCAGGGCAAGGGUGAGUUCAACUUCCACAUCUUCUACUGGAUGUUAGCCGGCAUCACUCCCGAGGAGAUGAACAAGUGUCAGUUUGAAGUAUCACACCAGUACAGAUAUCUUCAGACCGACCAGGAACCACUGACUGAUAAGCUAGGUCCAGGAGAUAAGGAGAAGUUCUGGGAGGUGAAGGAGUGUCUCAGCUUUAUCGGAUUCAGUAAAGAUGAUAUCAUCUGUCUGGUGAUGACACUGGCAGCCAUCUUGCACCUUGGUAACACAUCAUUCGUUGCAACUGGCGACUCAGAAGCUGCUGACGUAGAAAAUAUUGGGACACUCAGGAAAGCAUCCAGUCUUCUACGAGUUCCGUUCAAAGAUCUGAAAUCAGCUCUCAUUGAAGAAGUCAUGAUUGCUAGAGGGGAAGAAAUGAAAAGAUCACUGACAGUGAUUCAGGCUGAAGACAGUCGCGAUGCGCUCGCUAAAACUCUCUACAGUCGACUUUUCAGCUGGAUUGUGAACGGUAUCAACCAGAUGGUACAACCAGUUGAGGAUGGCAUGCCUUCUCUGUCGCUUGGCAUUCUCGAUAUAUUUGGCUUCGAGAAUCUUGAGAAGAACAGCUUUGAGCAAAUGUGUAUCAACGUUGCCAAUGAGCGUCUACAAAUGUUCUUCAAUGAGAGAGUUUUUCAGCAGGAGCAGCAGGAAUGUUUUCUGGAAGGAGUUUCUGUACCGUCUGUGUCUUACUCCAGCAACCAGCCAGUUAUCAAUCUGUUCCUUGAAAAGAACACUGGUGUACUUGCCCUACUGGAUGAGGAGUGUAUGUUUCCCAAGUCCACUGACAAAUCUCUCGCUGUCAAACUUCAUCAAGUCACAGGUGAGCAUUAUUCUGACUUGUACAAGACUCCGAGAGACAGGGGAACAACCUUCACGGUGAUGCACUACGCUGGGGCUAUCCAAUACCACGUGGACGGGAUCCUUGACAAAAACAGAGACACGCUGAGACAAGCCCUCAGUUUUACUGUCCGGUCCAGCAGUAGUCUGCUCAUUAAGGAACUCUUCCAGGCUCAGUUGACAAAGACUGGUUCGAUCAAUCCGAGCGGUCGACAGCGCAUGUCUCGACAGCUCAAACAGUCCAAGACACCGUUCGAGUUCUUCAAGAAACUCAAGACAUCAAAGAAAGAUGAAAAGAAGCAGAAAAAAGCUGGUGCUCGACCGAUAUCAGCCGUAUCACGCAAAGGUCCUUCUACGAUGGCCUACCAUUUCAGGAACUCGCUGCGUGAGAUGAUGGAGAAGGUCAACACCGCUAACGCCCACUUCGUGCGCUGCAUCAAGCCAAACACGUCUUGUGCGCCCAAGAUCGUCAUGUCUGAGUACGUGCAGGCCCAACUCAAGUACUCGGGCGUCAUGGAAACGGUCACCAUUAGAAAGUUUGGCUUUGCAAUGCGAGUAACAUUCACAGAUUUUCUCAAAAGGUUUGACUGUCUGCACUUAGCCAUCAACUCAUCGUCAUGUAGUCUAACGGACCAACAAGCCUGUCAGAACAUCCUGAACCACGCCCACCUCACAGACUAUCAGAUGGGCAAGACCAAGGUGUUUCUUCAUCAGAGUCAUGUUGAUAAACUGAGAGCCCUCGCCCGCCAACACCUGGCAAAGAUCAUCAAAGCACAGUCAGUUUUACGUGGAUUCAUCUGUCGUCGCAAACUGAAGUUGAAGAAGGCUCAGUCUGAGAAGGAAGUGAGCGAAGUGAUCACAUUUCUCCAGCAGGUUGAGGAGAAACAGACGACAUUGAGUAACUUGAUGUCGGAUCAGCGCAAAAAUGAUGAUUUCAAAACACAACAGGAGAAGGACCUCCACAAAUCUCUGGAGGUUUUGGAUUCGGUGAUUAACGAGUUUGAACAGGAAUACUCAGCUCUCAGUCGUGCACAGAAAACACCUGACAGAGAUUUCUACAGUAUUGGAGAAGUUGGGACAGAGAACACAGCGUUGCCUACCCGUGAAGAUGAUGAGGAGUAUAUAGAUGUGACCUCUUGUAGAACUGUAGAGUCGAGAAUCACACAGGAUAGGCCCCGGUCUGAAGAUAUGGACCCCUCAAGGGCCAUUCCACCGGCCCCUAAGGAAAUGUACCAGGGCCUGUAUGAAACAAUUCCUGCAGAUGAACCACUGAAUGAAGUGUUUACAAUCAGAAAACCAGCACCGUGUGUUCCUAUACGCAGCCCAGAAACUCGACUUUCGACGUUUUCUAUCGGAAAAGUACCGACUUCUCCCUUGUCUGACAGUGGAAUAUACAAUGAACCAGACGUCUUCGACCAUUCAUACAGCUCACAAAAUAAGUCGCCAUGGCAACCGAGGCCUUCUUCGCCGCUAGCGAAACGAAAUCAAAAUCACCAACCACAGUCGCCUCAGCUCCAGGACAAUCGGCCAUUUUCGUACGGAGUAAAUUUACCCCAGUCACCCAAGCACCACAUUCAAUCGCCACGACAACCAGGAUACCCGAGUCCAGUGAACGGGAGUGAGACCAAUGGCUACAGAACAAGGUCAAGUUCGGGUGCUAGUUCGGGAAGUUCGGAAUCAAACUACGCCUACACUAGGUGGAUUCAGAACGAGUCGGGACCACAUGAGUUGCCUCCCCUUUCGGCAGGCGAAUACCGCAACGUACACUGUGUGGCAGGACCGUCGGCACAUCACAUGCAAGGCCCCCCUCUGUGUCCUCAACCCCCCAACCAACCACCCCCACAUCACUUCGACAAACAGGUGCAGCAGUUGAGAAAUAAUGCAAUGUCAUCGAGUCCUGUGAACCAGAGACAGAAUCCUGCUGCUCAAUACAGACAGGACGUCGUCAGUGGUGAGUACGCUCAAAGGAUACCGCAGACCAGGAGCCCUGUUACUCACCGUCGACAGGAUAUUCUUACUGAGCAUGCUCAAAGGAUUCAGCAAACGAGGAAUCCGAAUCUGCAACUGAAUGCGACCGAAGCGAGGGUGGCCCCUUACAGCAGUGAACACGACUCUGUGAGUCUCGUUCCCCCGCCCCCGUCGUUUCCAGCCCCACCCCCUCCAGUGUCUCCAUCGGACCGGUACCUGGCAGCAUGGCAGGAAAAGCGGUCACCAUCUCCCCCACCCCCACCACCACCCCUCCAGUCGAAAGGUCAAGACAAGACCUAUAUGUCGCCACCAUCAUCAAAUCAAAACUUGUUCACCUCUGUUGAGAAGGUCCCCCCACCACCGCCUCCCAUCUCGACGAUACCGAGUCAGCGCCCACCGCGGGAAAGGGAGGUACCAACGACAUCGAUGAUGUCUUCCAGGAUGGCGGAAAAUCAAAAUGUGUCUUCAUUAGAUCAAACACAGUCGGCUCUCUUGGCCGAACUGUCGAACAUUAGACUGAAGAAGACUCAGAAUAUGGCAGUUUCCAUGCCAACAAAUGAUAUUCCUGAGGACAUGCCUCCUCCCCCACCACCACCUCCCCAACCAGAAGCCGACCCAGUGAAACCAGUGGCGGUAGUAACUGCCUUGACCCAAGAGUCGACAAAACCAAACUUCAUAAUACAGAAGAAAAAGAAAGAAAAAACCAGUCUUCCAUUCAAUAUGGACAUGGAUAUUCCUGCUGAUAUUGAUAUCAGUAAUGUGCCUGGUGUUGUACCAAUCACGUCAUCUACACCCAACUGGAAACGGGAAAUGAUUGCGAAGAAAAACCGAGAGAAAAUUGAAGAAUAUGUGAAAAAGGUGUUGAAAGAUCGAGAAGAAGCUGCCAAAUGGCGUGAUGUGCCAGAGUGGAAGAGGAAAAUACUCAAACAAAAACAGCAAGAAGAUAAUGCCCAGUCUGCACCAGCUGAUAGUAAACCUGCGGAUGUGCCGAAACCUGACCACGCAGCGAUGGGUGUUCCGAAACAGAGUGGAAAUAUCGUGCCAGCAGCCCUGAACAUGGAUCCUGCCGAGCUGGAGAGCAUGCCGCCAUGGAAACGGGAACUUCUCAUGAAGAGGCCCAAUGUUCCAAAGACAUUUUUCAAUGAAUUUGAACCAGAGGAGGGCGAGGUCUUACAAGACGCAAGCUGAUUGGCUUAUUUAAAAACAUAUUAAUGUGUUGAUAAUUUUGAUUGGUUCUUUGUAUCUUGGAAUCAAUUCUGAUUGGAUCUUGGAUACAGACUCGUCUUCAUUGGAUGUGCUUCACUGCUGAGGUUUCAUUUGUCAGGGAAACACUUUUAUCAUUACUGAAUCACAGGGGUGGAUCUACAUGUAAGUGGGGUGACUUGGGGGGGGGGUUGUUACUUCCCACCCCUUGAGAUGAUAGGGCCCCUUUUGUUUAGUUCAUUUUCAUUAUUAAAACACUGACAUUUUAUAUUAGCAAAUAAAAUUUUGUGUUUAAAUGUAGGGUUUUCAAAUCUCACUUAAACAUCGAGAUGCUAUAUGUAAUCAUGAUGAAAUAGUCUUCCAUUGACCUGGUGAAUCUCAGGGGUUCAAGAGUAGGCUAUACCAAAUGAUAAAUUAAAAAUGUCAUUCUCCAUUUAUAUGUCUGCUAAAUGGACAUAUCAGAUGAGUCAACUAAUUCUGUAGCAUUUUUUUAUCAUUAUUUUUUUUAUCACCUUUUACUACCACAAACAGUUUAAAUGAAUAAACAAUACAGAAUUUACUGUUCAGAAAUGUUAAUAAUUAUCUGAUAUGAGAAAUGAUUAGAAGCUCAUCUGAUGUGUAGAGAUGUAGAAAGUGUGUCGGGGGUAGGGUGGAGAAAUACUAGAACCUGUAAAAUACUUUUUUCAAUUAGAUGAGUUUUGCGUCAUCAUGUUCUGUGUGGUUUUCUCGCUGCCUCUUAUGUCAAUGGUAAAAAUUAAUAUUCCAUGUAAAAUAUAUAUUUAAUGUAUGGCAAUGAAGGCUGUACUAAAUGAUAAAACUUAUGUGCUUGUAAAAAUCCAUUGCUUGUUUACGAAUCUGUGUUAGGUGUAUAUAGAUGCUGGCUAACAAAUCAUGUAUAUGUCGUAUGUUCUCUGUGUUUAUGCAAAUCUGUAUUUUUCACCUGUGUGAAUGCUCACUGAUUUUUUUUUAGUGGUGGGGUUGUUUUUUUGGGGUGUGAGGUGGGUUUUAUUUUUGCAUCACCAAUAAAACUAAAUUUGUAACAUUAUGCCAGUGAUAUAUUAAGGAGAAAAAAAUCAGUGGGGUUCAGAUAUUAUCUCCUAGAUUUAAUCAUCUAACCACUUGGCCCAUUUGUUCAAAGCAUAGUUAUAUUAACCCUUGGUUAAUUCAUCUGAUACUUUUAAUUAUUUUUGAAAAAAUACAAAAUAAACUUUAGAUUUGAUUAUGGUUCUUCUAAAUCAAGUUUUAACAUUAUGUUUUUAGUUACUAUUUGUAUUGGUUCAGUCCCUGGUUUAGAACAUUUCUGUUGGUCAUUGGUGAAGCUAACUUAUGAUUGAACAAGUGGCCCCUGGUGUAAGAUGGUAAACUAGUAGAUCCCAGUGUUUUGGCCAUGGGGCUAGAAUCAGCAGACAUCAAAGUAAGUUUAGACAAUCAUUCAGGUGGCCGGUAAAAGUCAAAAACGGUGUUUCAGUUUGAACAAAAACUCCAGCCAUAACAUUUUUGUGCUGUUUAAAUAUGAACUUGUGUGUUGAUACUGGUACAGGAAUCAGUACAAUUUGAACAGUGAUUUGAAAGAAUAACAAACAAGUAUCAGCGUGUUUAUAAAAGAAUAAUAAUGAAAAUUGUAAACUUCAUAAAUGUGUCAUAAACCUACAGGUUACCAGGCCCAUAUUUUAAGGUAACCUGUAUAUGGGUUAUCAGGCACUCUUGUUUAUUUCGAUGCCUGAAUCAGCCUGGUUUAUUAGAAGUAACUGAGCAUCAAAACAUGUACGUAGAGUAUGGUGGUAUGCACGAAAGCUUUUUUUAUACGGGAGCACAGUAUUAAAUAGUCACACUUCCUGCCUGUAGCUAUAUUUUGAGAAAUUUUUUGCCUUGAUAUCUUUGCUUUUUAUUUGUUAAACAUUGGAACCUACAUAUAAUGGACACCUCAGUUUACCAUAACCUUGUUGUAGUGUUAUCUAACAUUGCAUACUUUUAUAUAAUAGACCACAAUAAUUCAGUGUUUUUCCCCAUAAUAUUAUGUAACAUAAUACAGGCAACAUUAUUUCAAAAUUUUAGGUAAUUUUGGCAAUCUAGUUUAAACCCUAACAUUGCUGAUUGGUGGUUUGCAUUAAUUUAAAAUUGCUUAACCGACAUGCAUGUGAGCAAGAACAACCAAUGAACUAUGUGCUCUAUAAUACACUGUGAUGUAACAUUAUACAUUGUACUAGUGUAAUGUAGAUAACAAUGUUAACAUGACAAUGUAACACAGUUAAUACAUUUAAUACAAUGCAAUGUAGCAUUAUGUUAAUACAAAUUGUAAUAUAACAAUGUUAACUGUGCAGUUUAAUAUUGUAGUGUUAACACACUGCAGUGUAAAAUAAUGUUAAUACAUUUUAAUUUAACAAUGUUAUUGUAAUACAGUGAUUAUUUCAAUACAUUAUCAGUACUUAAUGUUUAAUACAUUAUAAUACAUGAACAGUCACUACUUAUGUCAAUGCCUGUGUGUUAAUAGAUUGUAAUACAAUGUAUAUAAGUUUGUCAGGCUUCAUAAAAUUGCAUGAACAGUUGUUACAUUGGCUCAUUACUCCUACUUUUACAUAACUUAUUUUUUCUUUGACUAUGCAUUAAAUUUAGGACAUGGUUUACAUGGUCGUAAUGGGUUUUAUUAAUGCAAAAUAAAUGGGUUACUUCAAUUAUUGUUUUGUAAAACAUGUAAAUGGGUUAUGCGAAUUUUCCAUUUUCAGAGGCUUCUUUGUGUUCAUGCAUAUGAAUAUUUUAAUAAAAAGUGUAUAACUGUAUCAAGUUGUAUGAAAAAGUAGUGUUUUAAUACAGGGGCAGCAUCAGACUUUUGUUUUUGAAAAACCCAAUGAGUCAAAACUUGGACUCCUCAAACAAUAGGAGAGGACGAUUGCAUUUCUCAAAGUAAUCAGUGUUAAAGGGAAAAUAACAGUUUGUUCAAACGAUAGGAGAGGACAAUUGCAUUUCUUAAAGUAAUCAGUGUUAGAGGGAAAAUAACAGUUUGUUCAAACGAUAGGAGAGGACAAUUGCAUUUCUCAAAGUAAUCAGUGUUAGAGGGAAAAUAACAGUUUGUUCAAACGAUAGGAGAGGACGAUUGCAUUUCUUAAAGUAAUCAGUGUUAGAGGGAAAAUAACAGUUUAUUCAAACCAGUGGUGUAGUAUUUCACAUCACUCGGACUGAAUUAACAGGCAUGCAGGGGUGCAGUUGUUUCAAAUAUGAAGGUCUGUUGCUUAGUUAAUUCAGGUCAAGUUGUAUUAUAAUAAAUUAUUAAUUUAUUUUUAAAAAGGUCUAAAACAAUUGUGUGUUUCAGGAAAAUGCCAAAAAUAUAGGUAGGAUAGGUUAGCUGUUUGUAUUACUUACAUGUUAGGGUCUGCCCUUGUUUUAAGUACAUAUAGGAUUGGGUGCCUGGAAACACAAUUGUUUUGUCUUAGGCCUAAGUAAAAAUUGGCAUAUUAUCUAAAACAGGUUAGUCAUAGUAAAUUAUUUAGGGGAAUAACAAAGUGGCCUUUAUGAACAGGUGGUUGCUUUAUAAAGGUCACUGUAUUAAAUUGAUUUAAAGUAAUGGGAAAUGUCCUCCCAAUGCAGGUGGCCAUGUUAUAAAGGUCAAUGCUGCAAUGGCUUAUGGGACGUUUAAAAAACAACCCAUAAACUUGUGUUUAUUGUCAUGCUAAUUUCACUGCAUGUUGGAUUUUACCAGAAAAACUUUAUUUUUUAAUAUUUAAAUUUACUGCUUUGCUAAAAUUUUAUAUAUAAGAUUUUUAUAUUGACAUUUUGUACCAGUCUUGACAAGAGUAACUGUAUGGUCUUGUGUAGUUCACAUUUAUAGCCACAUUUUGUAGUAUUUUCAUAUAUUGACAAACUUACUGAACUUGACAAGUUCACAUGUUAUGUGAUAUCUUCCAUUUUGCUGAACAAAUGGCCUCAUUUAAUCGAAACUCUUCCCUGACAAAGUAGAACAAAAAUCCAUGUUUGUCUAUUGUAGUAUUUAUUUGUGGGUCUAAGCUGUGAAGUCAUCAAAUUUGUACAAUGUACACAAAUUCAUUUUCUAUAGUAUUUCAUAGCUUCCACCAAAUUAGCAUCUUUAGUUACCUUUUUUUUCGUUAAAUUCCAUCUGGCUACACAUUUUAAAACCCACAUUGUUUUUAUAUAAAAAUAUUUAUUCUUACUUUUUAUAGAGAAAAGGUUAAGCACAACUUACUGCUUAUUCUAACUGUGACAUCACUGUCACUUCUACCUUAUACUAGUUUACAUGUAACUAAAACAGUUUGCGUUCACACUUGCAUUUUGAAGUGUGUUGGUUAUACAAGUUUAACUAAGCCAGAUACUAAAGUGUUUUAGCUAUACCAGUAAUGUAAAACAAUCACAUUCACACUUACAUUUUAAACUGUUUGGGUUAUACCAGUUUAGUUAAACUAGUUUAAAGUCUAAAUGUGAACACAGCUUAUGUCUCAGCCCUCUUCUCCAACCCUUCAGUGAGACAUCUGGGGUAGGUUUUGCCAUUUUCGGUCCAGCGCUUGUCAUAGUUCCGGUAGAUUGGCUACUGAUGAGUCCAACUCCAGAGUGUCCCAGAUGUGUGACUGGCAAAACCUACCACUGGAUCACACCACAGGGCACUUCAUUGAUUUUACAUGUAUAGUAAAACCUCUCAAAACCGGACCCUCUGUAAACCGGAAUUCUUGCAAAAACAGACGUUUUACAGAGAGUCCCUUUUUAAAAACCAGUACAGAACUUAACCUCUCUAAACUGGAUCCCUCUUAUAACCGGACAUUUGUCUUGGUUGCAAGGGUGACCAGUUAAUAGGGGUUUCACUGUAUAUGUUUUUAAAUAAGAUAUAUGGCUAAGUUUAUACUACUCACAUCAGUGUCGGUCAAUACCAAACCACUGUAUUUGAUUUGUGGGAAUAAAUGUUGUUUAAACUAAAAGCGUUUGUAAGCGUAUAAAAUUAUAUUUGUCUGUGCAAUAAGAAUUGGACCCUAUCAUAUUAUAGGUGUUUCAGCAUUCACACUAUAUCCCUGAUAUGUAAUGAGUUAUUAUUUUGUUUUUGUGUUCCUGCUGAUUCUGUUUAUUUUUCUUUUCAUUUGGAAAAAUGAAUUUUUACAGUACAGCUGAUCCAGAAACCAUACUGCCUGAAAGUUAAAACAAGACAAAGUUUGUGUGGUCUGUUAAGAAGCUAAUAGUCCUGUAUGAAGUAUAAAUCUUGGUCAUGUUCUGUGGCUGUUGUGUUAGAAUUGUUUCAAAACAUAUCUCUGUACAAGACAGAGUCAGAGGAUGUUUGUGUACCCAUGAAUCUCUGCAAUGUGCUUAUUGUAUACUUCCCCACUAUGGCAAAAAUGAGUUGAUGUAUCAAUUGUCAUAUUUUAAAAGUAAGCAUAAAACUACAUGUAAUAUAGCCAUAUACCAGAGACAAAUAUGUUUGGAACACUAACCUUGAGAAACAACCAUUCAGCUGUUUAAUAAAGCCUUUAUUAGAUAUGUAAAAGUCAUAAAAAUUGAUUUUCUCAAAAUAAUUAUUUCACCACAUAUAUACUGCCUUUUGCCGUAGCAGGGAAGUAUAAGAGGACUGCCACUUUCCAGGAUAUACAUCGUACUUCGUAGGACAGUCACUGUCCAGGAUAUGCACCCUUCCUACUGUGUCUGUAGGAAGACUUCCACUUUCCAGGAUAUGCAUCCUUUCUAUUUUGUAGAACUGCCAUGUUCCAGGAUAUAUGCCAAUCCUACAUUGUAGAAAGCCUGCCACUUUCUGGGAUAUACAUCCUUCGUACUUUGUAGAACUGCCACUUUCCAGGAUAUAUACAUCCUUCCUACAUUGUGGGAGGAAUGCCAUUUUCCAGUAUAUACAUCCUUUCUACAUUGUCUGUAGGAGGAAUGCCACUUUCCAGUAUAUACAUCCUUCCUACAUUGUGUGAAUGUCGCUCCCAAAACAGGUUUCACAAAUCUAAACCUUAACAAGACAGAACUCAGUGGAAUGUGUGCAAAUUUUGAAGCUAAUUAAUUUAUCAUAGCUUGUCAUAACAUCUUUUGGUAAAAUAUUUAAAAGAAAAACGAUAGCGUUUGCAAUGUUGCAUGUGUUUAUAUAUUUAAUUUUGUUUGUUUUUGUUUUUGUUUUAUUUGUUUUUGUUGUUUGUUUUAUGGAUCAGUGGGGUGGAAUCACCAACUAUAAAUCACUAUGAAAUAAAUAUAGUGCCGUGACUAAUCUCAGCAUUUCCUUUUUGACUUUUUACAGAAAGGAAUGCAGUUGGAAAGAGGUUACAUAAAGGGAUGGGGUUGGGGAGGUUGCGAAUGAAAGAGGUUACAUAAAGGGUUGGGGAGGUUGCGAAUAUGAGAAGUAUUGUCACAGAAUAGUUCUUGUUUGUGAUGUUGCAUGACUGUUGUCAUCAAUUGUACAGUAUUACCUGUAUUUAAUAUAUUUCAUUCAGUAUUGUCGUGUCAUGAAUUACACGUUUUUCUACUGCGCUGAAAUGUACACUGUCCUUUGUCUAGUGUAUACCUUUGUGUAUGAAUGGAAUAAAGCAUAAGCAUUUCA